UUCAAGCCGGACAGGGUCUUUGGGCCGGGCGCGAGCAGCAAUGCCGUCUUUGAUGCCGCGGUGUCCCCGCUCGUUGCUCUCGCGCUGCGCGGCGGCUCGUCGACAGUGCUGGCGUAUGGCGCGACCGGCUCGGGCAAGACGCACACGAUGACGGCCAUGCAGCGGCUGUGCGCCGCUGCGCUGCUCUCUGACGAGGCCGCCGCCGGUCCGUCGGUCCGCGAGCUGCGCAUCUCCUUCGUCGAGCUGCGGGGCGAGCGCUGCUACGACCUGCUGCACGAGCAGCGAGCAGAGCUGGCCCUGCGCGACGACGGGACGGGAGAGACGGUCGUGUGCGGGGCGCACGAGGCGGCGGCCGCGUCGGUCGAGGCCGUCGGCGCUGUCCUCGCCGCAGGCAACGCCGCGCGCGCCACCGCGCCGACGAAUGCAAACGACUGCUCGUCGCGCUCCCAUGCGAUCUGUGUGCUGCGCGUCGUCGUCGUCGGAGCGGAGGUGGAGGGUGGGUCGCUGCGGCUCGUCGAUCUCGCUGGCUCGGAGCGCAAGCAGACCGCGAUCACCGAGGACGCCGAGCGGGUCGAGGAGAUGAAGGCGAUCAACGCCUCUCUGGGGCACCUCAAGGAUUGCAUCCGGCUGCAGCUGCUCAAGGCGCGGCACGGCGACGACUCCCACGUGCCGUACCGCCGCUCCAAGCUGACGACGGUCCUCAAGUCGUGCUUCGUCGACGCCGGCGCGACGCCGUCGGCCCUCUGCUUCCUCGCGCACGUCGCGCCUCCUCGCUCGCAGGGGAGGCAGACGCUCAACACGCUCGAGUACGCCGCGCAGAUG